GUCACAUACCUAGAUGCCUACAGUAGGAUGUUAGCCAUUUCGUAGGCCUGCCACACUAGCCUACUGGUGACUGUUGCCAAAUUAGCAGCAAACGUUUCCCAAGUUAGCUAGCUACACUUAGUAACGUUAGAGAUGCCGCAUCUAGCCCAUUGCCCAACAAGCACUCAACUGCGAAUACAGUUGAAUCGACCAGCUAGCGAGUAAAUUAGCUAACGUUAGCUGGUUCUUUCAAUAGAUCAUGCUGAAGCGUUAAGUUAGAGAUAACUUAGCUAGCCAACCACAGUGUUAUAUCUUCAACGACGUUAUUCAUGUUAGCUAAUGCGAACUGGAUCGACAGUCAUCUGGCAAGCGAGCUAACUAGCUAACGUAGUUGGGUUGUGGAUAACGUUAUAUUAGCUAGCCUAGGGUAAACAUCGCGGCGGACACGUAUUAUGCACUAGACUAGGUUCAGCCGAAGAGGACCCCCGCUUCGCGACCGGAGUAGAAGAUGUGCCAUGGGAUGGUAGUGCCUGAGACCCGAGCCUUGGCCCUCGCUCCCGCAUCUCUGCUGCUCCUCCUGGCUGUCCUGUCCACGGCGCACGCGUCAGUUUGCCGGCCGCCCUACGAGCCAGAGAACGGGGGCUACACCUGCCACCCCUCGCCCUGCCACCGGCUGACCCCUGGCACUGUCAUCGAGUACUUCUGCGAUGAGGGCUACGCGCUCAAAGGGGACUACAAAUACCUCACCUGCGAGAACGGGGAAUGGGACUCACCCAUGCAGAUCAGCUGCCACCUGAGCCAAGGGAAGGAGCCGAACUCUCCGCUGGGAGUACCGGCGCUCUCCAUCGUGGCCUCCACCGCCAGCUCCGUGGCGCUCAUCCUCCUCCUCAUCGUGCUCUUCGUCCUGCUGCAGCCCAAACUCAAGUCCUUCCACCACAGCCGGCGGGAGCAGGGAGUGCCCGGGCAGCCCGUGUCCAUCGUGGUGGAAGGGGUGCAGGUGUCACUGCCGUCCUAUGAGGAGGCGGUGUACGGCAGCGGGGGCGGGGCCGUGGCCCCCUCGGAGUCGCGGGUGCAGAUUGUGCUGUCCGAGGGCCCGCAGGCCGAGGGAGGGGAGGCCCCCGGACAGGCGGGCGCCGAGCGAGCGGCCCCCGGCCCCACGCCCUCCCUCUCCCCCUCCCCUCGCCUGUCAGAGACUGUGCUGGUUCACCAGGUGCCCUCCUCCUCAUCCUCCUCAUCCUCCUCCACCUCCUCGCCCUCCUGGGUGAGCGAGCAGCCGUGUGCCGCAGCCCCCCGCCCCCAGAGACAGGACUCGGAGAGCAGCGACCAGCACAGCCUGCUCUCCCUCGCCUCCGCGGAAGAGUUCGGUGAUGAUAUUCCAUUGUUGAAGGAGGCCUGAUUCCCUCUACUGCCCUGCUGCUCUGACCUUCCUGCUGCUGCUGACCAGGACUGUCAUGCCCCCAAGUCUCCAUCUUAAACUCCUAUACCCCUGCCCACACACACACACACACACACACAUAUACACACACAUACACACACACACAGGGCAUGUCCUCUGGCCUGAAAACUCACCCACAGGGAGAAGCUCAUCCACUUCCAGGCCUCGAAGUCACCGACCUACCCAGCGUUGGUCUCUACUAUAUACAGAUAUACACAGACUCUGGCCUACACUUCAUUAAUCAUACACAGAUCCACAAUACACAGAUAUACACUCGACAGACCCUUUAUCUAGCAGCUGGCUUGAGAGGAAAGCGCAUAGUGUCUGCCAGGCCAAAAAAAAAGAAAAAAGAAACUAACAAAAAAGAGCUAAAGGAUGAAUGCGUACACAGGUUUACCACGGCCAUUUCGUUUUUCUCUUUCGCGCUUACGAGCUAGUGAACCGAGGGCGUCGUCAAACGAGUGCCCCCCCCCGGUCGGCCCCUCGCUCCGCUGCAUGCUGUCUGCGUUCUCACCAAAGCGCGUUUUCCCAGGUCGCUCGCGGCAACGCACUGUGAAUGAUGCAUGAAGGCCGCGUCGGCGUGGCCGUGGGUUUUCUGCGCGCACAACGGGCCGACACGAAAAAAAGGCACAUUCGCCUGCUUUUUUCCUUUGUCACGUUAAUGGUUGUGUCGCGCCUCCUGUUUUCUGUUCGUUGUUUUCCCUUUUUUUCCUUUCUUUUUUUUUUGUACUGUCCACUUGCCUAAAACUAUCUUGCCUGUCUUUGUUUGGUAGUGGUGUCACGACGUGCCUGUUACUGUUAAUGACGAGGGCUUAGCUACUUCACAUUGACUUUGGCUGUUUAAAUUUUUUUUUAAAUUAUUUUAGGGGCAGGACAUGUCAGAGAACACAACCAGUUAGUGUUGUCAUGUUGACGUGUAAGAAAAGGGACUUAAUACUGUUGACGUAGAGAAGUUAUUUUCCCCGUCGAUCAAGUUAGCGCCGUUUUCUCCUUUCGCCGUCUAAGGUGAGUGAAGGAUGUUGUCUUGGGGGCUGGGGCGUAGGGGCGUGUGG